AUGCUGGCUUCUACUCUUCUUUCCCUUCUUCCCCUUUUGGGAACAGCCUUGGCAGCUCCUCCUUCUCGUAGGGGAAUGAACGACAUGUCCGGUUCAGGAAUGAGUAUGGCAAGUACGAAAUCUAUGAUGGCUUCGGAAAGUAUGGCCACCAUGGGUAGUAUGGGUAAGAACAUGGGUAGUAUGGGUGGUGAGAGUAUGGGUAGUAUGGGUAGUAUGGAGAGUAUGGGAAGUAUGGAAAGUAUGGGUAGCAUGAGUGAAAGUUCCGGCUGUGGAUCAAGCGGAUGUGGAGGUGGGAUGAUGAGUGAAAGUUCCGGUAUGGAAUCGUCUGGUUGCGGUAGUUCCGGAUGUGGUUCCAUGACUACUGAAGCUUCCAUGCCAGCCCAAUCUCAAGUCAUGUACGGUUCCGGUUCUAUGAGCAUGAGUGGUGAUCUCAACUCUUGUCUCAACAUUUCUUAUACUCUCUUAUAUCUCGUUCUUGAUGCUUACGUCAGACCUACUAGUACCAGUUCGUCAGCUACGACCACUCACACGAUUAUCGUUGCUCCUACCAAGGGUGUAUUGAGGUAUGUUCCCUUCAUCACGAACACUCUUCCAGGGGACGAGAUCGAAUUCGUUUGGGGAGCUGGUCCUCAUAGCUCCACUAGUUCGACCUUUGAGGGAGUCUGCAAUAAAACGGAUCUCUUCGAUUCCGGUCUUCUCAAUGCCACGGCUACUUUCCUUCAGCCCGGACCGAUGGAUAUCUCUCUCCCAUCAACUUUCUACUGCCGUGUCCCAGGUCAUUGUCAAAAGGGAAUGUUCGGAAUAUUGAAUCCUCCCUCUACCAACGUAACCCUUCCACCCGCCGGCUCUUGGUCGAAAUCUGGGGCCGCUCCUGCUGCUACUGUGUCAGCUGUGCAAUCUGCUUGUGGAAGUAGUGGCGCUUGGUCUUGGGGAGGAAAAAUGGAUAUGUCAACCUCUAUAACCGAGAUCGUUACUAAGGAGAUUCUCAUCGAGAACGUCCUUUACACUCGUCUAGUCCUCGGUAUGAACCCCACUUACGUUUCCCAGCCAUCUAGCAUGUCCUAUUCAUCCAUGACAUUCCCACCUGAUCUCAACUCUUUUGUCGCUUUAUCAGCCAACACUUCUUCUACUUCAUCUGGAGAACCUACUGCUUCUCCCACUUCCAGUGCGGGACCCAGUGGCACCAAUGCCGCAGCAGCUGAUUCCGCCGGGACUUCCACCAGUGGUGCCGGGAAGGUGACAGUUGGAAUGAUGGGUUUGGCAGGAAUGGUAGGAUUGAGUGUUUCGAAGAUGCUCUGA